AUGACAUAUUUCACAGCAAUUGAUCGAUGUCUUCAAAACAUGUCAUCAGUUUUAUGUGUUUUUGAACAUGUAAUUGAUCAAGUUAAACAAGAUAUACCUGGUUUAACUACGUUAUCCAUACGUGGUGAUAAUGCUGGCUGUUAUUCUGGUACAGCAGCUAUUAUAGCUCGUCAAGUUAUAUGUGCUAGUGCUGACAUUUAUUUGAAGAGAGCUGAUUUUAGUGAACCACAGCGAGGCAAUGAUCAAGCCGAUCGCGAUAUUGCCGUGGCAAAAUCCUGCCUCAAGGCCUAUACAAAUCGUGGUGGAAACUUGAUAAAUGCAAAAUCCAUCAAAGAAGCACUUGUUGAAUCUUUUGGCAAUUUAUCUGGUUGUAAAACAUCAGUUAUUGCUGUUGAUGAGUCGAAAUGUUAUUUGCCAAACAUGAAAAUAGAAGGUAUAACAAAAUAUCAUUCAGUUGCAUUUAAUGAUAAGUCGAUUACUUUAUGGCAAUAUUUUGAUAUCGGUAGUGGGAAGUCGAAGAACUUGACAGAUUGUAAAUGUAUUUUACACACAACAGUAAUACUACCAUUCUCGGAUAAUCAAAAAACAAACAAAGAAAUUUUAAUGAAAAGUACUUUAUCUUCAGCAAUUUUCUUCUGUUCGGUUGAUUCAUGUGCAGCAACAUUUGACAAUGAAGAAGAACUUAUGAAUCAUGAAUAA